AUGAGUAUCCCUCCUCCUCCAACCGCUUCGGCCUCCUCGCCCACAAAACGACCCUCCUCCCCCUUAGAUGCAGAAUCCACAGACCAUCUUGCUACAAAACGACAACGUCGUGGAUACCGCCACCACCACCGGCUCCAGACACGCAUGAGACCAGAUCUCCUGCCCGAUUCCGCUUUCACGGAUCCGAGCACUGUUGAUACCUUGCUCAAACUGUCCAUUGGCAUCCUCCUGCGGGACUGCGGCUUUACCCAUGCCGACCCCGUUGCACUGGAUAGCUUUAGAAGUGCAGUUGAGGAGUACAUCCUCCACAUUCUCUCCUACACCCGCCAGUCCAUGUCCUCCUGCCGUCGCAUGCAACCUAUCCCUCCCGAUUUCGAACACGCCCUCCGCAAUACAAAUAUCCAUCUCGACGCGCUGCACGAAUACCUAAUACCCUCGCUUCGACAGCAACACCAACAAAUACCCUCCCUCCCCUCCCCACCCCCCUCUUCCCCCACUGCAGCCGUAGACCUCCCCUUCCUCGGCCCAGAACUCAGCGGCACUGCGCACCGCCAGCUGAAUGUGCAUAUCCCCAAACACUUCCCCAAUUUCCCCGGCAGGCAUACUUACCGGGCGACGCCGGUGUUUACGGCCAGAGAGACGGACCCGAGGAAGAUUCGAGAGAAGGCUACGGAGGAAGGCCGCUUAGGGGAGGAGGCGUUGAGGAAGUUGGCAAGGGCCGGAAGGGAGGGAUUGGUCGUUCGAGAUGGCGCGGAUGCGAAUGGGGAUGGCCAUGGCGAGGGCGAGGGCGAGGGCGGGGGCGGAAAGAGAUUGUGGGGGCGUCGGCUGGAGAAUAUGGAGAGUAUGUUUGAAAAGACUGUUAGGGGGGUUGUGGGCGUUGGCGGCGGGGGAAGGGCAGCGGGUGAUGCAGGUUUAGCGUUGCCAUCAUCGUUGAAGAUUCCUGACAAUGGGAAGCUCGAGCUGAGUCCGAUUGUGAAUUGUGACAAAGUCUAUUGGCGGAAGCAGACUAGGGCGGAUGUGCGCAAGACGGAUCAGCGCAUGGUCCAUAGUAAUAACGAUAAAGGGGCCAGAGGGACGUUAGUUCAGCAAAGGGUUUAA